GCCACCGGUUCAUUCCGCCAUCGGCGCCCGCGACGUACGGACGUGAAAAGACGCGAGCACGGCUCUCGUUUGGGCGGACAACGUGAAGGAGUGGACAACCGUUGCAUAUCGCGUACAUACAACAAAACAAAAACAUCGGACACGCAACAUAUCGAUUAACGCAAGAUUCGUCGGUUAUAUAUUACGGGUGUUCCGAACGUGAUAUACAUACAUCGUGUGAAAUCAGUGCGACGGAUAUCAGUGAGAAUCUAGAGAGAGGAGAGCAUCGAUUGUCCUUUGUGUGAUCGUCGUUACUCGGCUUCUUGUUCCUCGGGACGCCACCGCGACGUGUCGUGCCGGGGCUCGAACGAGUGAGAGUCUCAUCGUGGGCAUCGAGGUCCAAUUGCAAACGUCGUCGUGUUAUACCUGCGCGUCCCUCUCACAAAGUGAGGCUCGUCGAAGGUCUCGUCGUCUCACCGGUGGCUGGGAGACGUGGAAUGAUAUUUCGUCGAAUCGGAGGUGCAGCCAGGCUCGUUAGGCUGCGACGUGACACGCGAGCCGAGUAUUUGAUACGUUAGAGGCUGUUGGAGCUCUACAGGCAAGAAGACGGCAAGAGAGAGAAGGGCGCCUCGUAGUGGCUCCGAAGGAAAGGAAAACUCACCGUUCGCCGGCUUAUAGACAACGCCGGGCUCUUGCUUGCUUGCUUUCUUUCUUUUUCUCCCCCGUGUUUCCCCCUCUCCCUUUCACUCGACUCCGAGGCUUGCACGAAAUCGCGUGUCGCUCCCGUACCGCGUAGAAAUGUCGCCUCCUCAGGAUCACGAGGUUCCGUGAUCGCAGCUGUGCGCACAGCCAACGUUCUUCCUUCUUCGUGCGCUUCCUCUCCACCUACGGCCCCUUGGAAAUUCAAUUUCUGUGCAAACGUGUGAAAUCAAGAGGAAGCGAAUACAGGAAGAGAAACUGGACACGGAGAAGGGAGGGCAUCGCAACGUAACCGUGAGGAAACGUAGAUAAAGAGAGGAAACAAAUUUACAGUUGUGCCGUUCUGUGUAUCGGACCAGUGAGACAAGAGAGAGACAGAGAGAGAGAGAGAGAGAGAGAACGCGCUCAUUGUUCUGCUUUUGAAGAAAAGCAUUGAAGAAGGAGAAAGAAUUGACAGAGGUAGACGCAAACGAUUGCUCGUACACACGUAUAUACUGCCUACGAAGUAGGACAAAGGGCACGUGUAGACAGAGGUAAACACAUAAGGACGGAGAGAAGAAACUGGAAAGGAUGCGUCCGAUUUGCCAGUGAUCGAACGUAGGCCUCGUCAUUAUUGCUUCGUGCGUGGGUGAAAACAGUGGUGUCACUGGAAAACUGACCGAAGGAGAGAGAGAGAGAAGAGGAGGAGUAGGGGAGGAAGGGAGGAAAAGCGGCUGGCGGCGGAGGCCACUUCCUGUGGGCGACGACAAGGAGUUGGAAGUGACGAAGGAAGUUCCUAAGAGGUUCCGGUACAAUGUCGACAGCCUACAGGAUGUGAUGGAGCCUCGUGGAGCCAGCUUUUACUAUGAGUUGAGGCCCCGUAAUUAAUUGGGACUGGCAUGGAGAAGGAGAACUCCGCAUCGGGCGGAGGUGGCGGGGGCGGUGGAGGUGGCGGAGGUGAAGCGGCGGCCACGGCGACUCCAGGCGCCACCUCCGCCUCCGAGAAACUGCAGGCGGACCAGGCCAAUCCGUUGCUCGAUCCGACUGCGCUCUUCGGUGCGUAUUGGCCUCGAGGCGACAGUGCAGCUUCGUCGUUAUUCGGCGGAAUGCCGGGCGGGUAUGGAUUGGGGGCCCAUCAUUUACCAUCGGCUUAUGCCAUCUUGGGCCGUGGUGGCUCCGCUCCCGGAUUCGGGGGCCACACGCCAGCUUCCGCUCCACCACCACCUCCAUACUCCCAUAGCAGCCUUGGUACUCUGAGUGUAGCUGCCAGUCAGGCUGCGAGUUUAGGUAUCAAUCCUGCUAGUGCAGCGUGGUGGACAAUGGCCUCACAUUUAGCUGCACAGGACUACCUCGCGAGGUUACAAGGAGCGGCAGGGCUACCCGGAUUUCCGCCUGGUGCCGAGAGCCUUCUGCCACCCUAUCCUGCCUCUCUACUUAAUCCCCCGUCCCUUUCGUCCCAUAAGUCUAGUAAGUCUAAGUCAAGUAAGAGUCACAAGACACCAGCGAGCAGUAGCAGCUCGACGACGCCGAGUAUGACGGGCAGCAGUUUACCGGUUUCGACUCAAGCACCAGUCACGUCGUCUCAUCACAGCACGUCGACCAGCAGCACGCCGAAUUCGCAAACGAACGUUGUCAGUUCUGCGAAAGAGGGCAGCGACCCUAGCAGUAUAUUAGGAGGUGUACGCCUGCCACCUGAUACGGAGAUUAUCAAGUACACGUCGAGCAUAGUCGGUCCAAAGGUUCCUGGCACAACGAACCGCGGGAGAAAGAAGACUAUAUCCUUAGACACACCGAGUGUGAGUGUCCAUCCACCGCCGGUACCUGCUCUAAGUGCUCAUCAGACAAACACCACGACAUCUUCGUUAAUGAUGGAACCGAGAAAAUAUAAUCGCACGGGGACCGAGUCGAACGAUUACAGGGAGUCGGUGGAUCGCGUAGAGGUGAUCAAACUGCCGGCACACUCGACAAACGGCUCUGCCUUACCAGCGCCAUCGUCGUAUACAACAACCACUAACGCGAACAAUUCUAAUGAUUCGGACGCGCCGCUGAACCUCUCGCUGAAACCCUCGACGACGAGCAGUAGCUCGCCGAUUUCAGGCAGUCAGCCGCUCAGUCAGCUCAGUAAUUUAAGUCAGUCGUUACUCGCCUCCGAUCGAACUUCGAGAAGAAAACCAGGACCGAAGCCUCGAAGAGUACCACAGAAUUCCGUACCGGUGCCAGCAUCGCCGAGUCCAUCCUUGGCGCAGCUGUUCGCUGCAGCGGAUUCACCUCAACGACCGAGCAGCGGAAGCGAGGAGAGCGAGAGCGCCAGCACGACCCAUCACAAAGAUGGUCGGCCGAGAAACUUGGGUCGUGGAGUAUCAAAACCGAAGAAGAACACGGUGGCCUCGCUGCUAGCUCAGAGUAGAGCUUUGGGAAUCAAACCGACGCCCACUUUGGAUCCUAGUGUGCCAUUGUCUCAUCAGGUCUCGUUACUUAGGUCGAAUAUUCUGGCUGCUCAAUUGCAUGCCACUGCCACUGGUCAGACCGAUGACAAGAAUCAGCGGUCUUUACAGGAGAAGAUGAAGAACAAGGUGCUCGAGGUAUCCGGUGAGGAGAGUAACAUGGACGUGACGAGCGAGAGCGGCAGCAACACCGACGUUGUGACGGACACCGACGACGACAACGCGGAUGGCGUGUCUAGCGCGAAGAGAAGAAAAGUGAAGCCUAGCGAAAGGGAUCUGCAGGUGCCGCUUGAGCGUGGCUGGAAGCGAGAGACCGUCAUCAAGGGAUUAGGAAAGUCAGGGGUGAUAAAGGGUGACGUGUCUUAUUAUAGUCCUUGUGGAAAGACGUUCAGGAGUAGUCCGGAUUUGGCGAAGUUUUUGGAGCAACAGAAUCCGCCCGACUUAACGACGGCAAACUUCUCGUUCUCGUCUCGUCCGCUUGUGGGUGAAUUCCUGCAGCCAACGAUGGGUCUCGCGGAGGCGGAAUUCGUUAGGUUGGGCGCUCAGGAAGUUGCGAGAAGAUUGGAGGAGUUGAGAGCCGCAGGUGGUUUCAGGGACGUGCGAACAAACAAUCAGUACGAGAGGGAGAAACUGGCAUAUGCAAAAAAGCUAGCGAAAGAGGAGGCGCAACGACACAAGGAGCAAGCUAGGCUCAUCAAGGAGCAAGAGAAAACGGAAAGGCAGGAGGCAGUGAGGCGAGAGCGAGAGAUUCGAAAUCAACAGCUGCUCGAGGGUCGAAAGCGGCUAGCGUUCACGAUCAAGCAGAAAAUGAAGAUCAUCCAAGAGAUCGAACGCGGUAAGAGCAAGAGCGACGUGGCGCGCGAGCUGGGUCUGGCUAGCAGCACGGUGGCCACCAUUUGGAAGAAUCGGGAAAGCAUCGCGGAGAGCUGGAGGAACCGCGACAUGAUGCAGCACUCUGAUGUCGAGGACUCGGUCGCGAAAAAGUCCGGCCUGUCCUCAUCAUCGUCGAAUUUGGCGUCCGUCACGUCGUUGGUGACGAACAAUACGGUGUUAAACACCGUCAACACCACCAACAGUAGCACCACCGGCACCACGUUGCCCACCGCCAUCGUGGUGGCACCGCCACAGGUGCAGGUGGUGCCGCCGCCACCACCACCGCCUCUCCCAUUGCCGACCACCUCCGCCACGGUCGUCCCGUCGACGUCGCAACCGACGCAGCUCUCCACACCGCCAAUCUCCAGCACCAUGUCCACAGGCACCACCACCACCACCAACGCCAGCAUGGACAAUACUCAGCAGGCCCAGACCCAGACGCAAAGUCAGGAGCUUCUGGAGGACCCAGACGAAGGACCUCUCGAGGCUCGGAAAAAACGGCAGGAAGAGGUGGAGAAGAUACGACUGGAAGAGCAACAACGGAAGCAACAGGAACGAGAACUGAAGCGGCAGCAGGCGGUUAUGCUGAAAGAACAGAUGUACAUGCAGGAGCUCACCAAGCAGCGCGAGAUGCUCUACACCGUCGAGCUGGAGAGAGAACGAAGGAGACAGCACAUGGCGUUGGUUCGAGCGUUAGAAAAUCGACGAAAAAUGGAGGAAAGAGAGAAGAAACGGUUAGAGGCGAGAGCCGAGAGAAUAGCGACGAAGGAGAAGCGAGCUGAACAGAGGAAGGUUGAGAUGGAACUGAUCGAACAGAUCAGAAAGCCUGUAGAGGACAUGGAACUAACGGAUCACAGACCACUGCCAGAAUUGAAACGACUACCUGGUCUCAAGCUGUCCGGUCAGGCGUUCGCAGACAUCGUGAUGGUGUUCGAAUUUCUGCAUAAUUUCGGCGAGACUUUAGGCUUCGAUAUGGAAUCGCUCCCAAGCCUAAAAAGCCUUCAACUUGCGCUACUAAACGACGAGGAAGCUGAGGAAGAACUCCUUUCCGUGAUGACACAUCUGUUAGUAUGCGCGAUCGAGGAUCCAGGAAUCCCUCAACCAGCAAGACACACAACCGGUCUUGGUCAAAGUCUACGUCAAGCUGAUAUAACGCACGCUAACAUCAGCGAAGUCUUACGAAUCUACUUAUACGCGAACGCGACAGGAGAAGUGAAGGCUUUGACAGGUGUAUGUCUGGAACGAGAACGCGACAAGAAAUUCGCAGAUCAUCAUCAGAAUGGCGGUGACUACGCCUGUUCAGGCAAGAACGCCCAAUUCUACGAACACUUGCACAACAACGAAACAUGGAAAAUGUCCGAGAGGCUGAGGGACAAACCGUUCCUGGCCUUGAAUCCCACGCAUAAGGCGCAGAUGCUCGCGUUUCUCUGUAACGAGCUAUUGCAGAACAAGGCUGUGAUCAGACAGAUCGAGGGUAGCUUAGAGACGGUGGCUCAAUUGAGGAAAGAGAGAUUUGUGUUGGAUACAAAAAUUAGGAAAUUAAGGCAGUUGCAUAGUCGAAAGGUUCGAAUGGAAGCGGUUGGUGUAAUCGUUAACAAAACUGGAGAUACUAUUACGAUCGAGAAGAAAGAAGUUGACGAAGAAGGUAACACGACGUCGACAGCAGUGGGGACGACACCCACUCCUGAUGAAAUUCACCACGAAGACGAGGUUGAAGACAUGUCCGAGAAUGAGAGCGAAGGAACUCAACCCGAGGAGGAGGAGGACAAAAAUCUGUCCGGCGAAGAACUGGGUAAAAAAUUGGAUAAACUGUUGAAACAGUCAGAAGAACAAUUGCAGAAAUUGAACAGCUCCUCGAAACAGCUACGAGCACAUAUAUUUGGGCAAGACAGAAACUGGAGAAGAUACUGGGAGCUGGCAUGCGCUGGUGGCAUCUUCGUCGAAGCUAUGGAAAGCGCUGAACCAGAAAUCCUAGAGUUGCAGGCUGAACUAGACGAAAAGUACAAAAACGUGUCGAUGGAGGAAAAAUCGGAAACGAAGCAGGAGGACACCAAAGUCGAGAAUCGCGAGAACGAAGCUCCUAACGACGUAAAGAAGGAGAAAAAAUUCAAUUCGAGCGAGCAAGAGGCCGACGUCAAGCCUUUGGUGGACAAAACGAAAUCUGAAAUUGAAGAUGUUAAUUGCAAGAAAGAACCUAUGCAAAACUGCGAGAAUUUGGCGAACAUGAAGGAAGAGAAAAAGAAUGAUUUGGAUAAUUCGAUGACCGAUGCGAAGACCAACGUCACGUCUGAAGAGAUUAAACAAGAAACAGAGAUAGUUAGAAUGGAUGUUGAUAUCAAAGAAGAGACGAAGAAGGAGAACGACGAAGCAGAUGAAGACACGAAACCAGCGGUGAAGAUAAUGGAAGAUAAAAUCGUCGAAACAAUUCCAAACGGUGAUAAGUUCAACCAUGUUAACAAUCUUCAUAAUGGAAAAGAAUUAAACGGCACCUUUAUAUCUAAUAAUAGCAACGAAUCCAAUUGGUUCUCGAUUUUACCUCGCGAGACUUGCGAUACUCCAGGACCAAGUACCAAGCAAAUAUUUGGAAUAGCCGAACCAACCGAACUGAGAAUACCAGUAUUCCCUCCGCCGACUAGUCCAAAUUACGACAGGUGUGACAGUCCAGCUCCUUUGAUUUUGACUCAAGACGAAGCAGCGCAACUUGAGUAUUUGAAAGUGCAUGGUUUACCACCCCCUGGAGAAGCCAAACCAGUACCAAAAGAUUUGAGAUAUGGUUGGUGGAGAAUAACGGACGUAGACACGUUUCAAGAACUAUUGGAGCACCUUCAUUCUCGCGGUGUUCGCGAGAAGGAACUAAAACGUACAACGUGGGCGACCAUGGAAUCUUUCCUAGCUGUUACGGGCAAGAUCAACGUGGACCCUGGUAACCUGACUGCUACCGAACUUCAAGCGACACCAGACGAACCUGACACACCGAUUCCAAAACCAGACAACCCGGCUGACUGGAGUGAACAAGUCGCAUUACGGGUAGAUGCGCAGCUUUUGGAACAAGUCGAGGCUCUAGAAGAUAAAGUCGCAAAUGCCAGCAUGCAGAUCAAAGGCUGGAAGUUACCUCCACGAGCAGGGACCGAAGAGGCAGAAGAAAUUGAGAAACUGAACGAAAUGGAGAAAAUUAGCGCGGUUGAACAAGCUCGACAAAGGUUACUAUCCCUGGAAGCAGCUAUUGAAAGGAGAUACUUAAAACCACCGUUAGGCGUUUGUACUGGAGAUCCAAAUCUAGCGGCCUUAAAGGCAGAACAAGCGGCUGCUGCGAACGCAAAUUCGAAUAAUUCGGAUCAGAGCAAUCAAACCCCGAUACCUCAAGAAGAAACAACUCCAAGAGGGCUGAACAACUGGCGAGAAGCAACGGCUCGAGCACACACGUCCGCUCAACUCGCCAUGGCGCUUUAUAUGUUGGAGGCCAGCAUCGCUUGGGACAAGAGCAUCAUGAAGGCUGUGAGUCUAACACCAGCUAGAAACUCGGUCUGCGUCAAGCUACGAAACCGCUGCGUCUCACUCAAAGCUACCACUCAAUACAAUCAGCUAUUGACUACUUCUCAGGCCUCUAAUUGUCAGUUCUGUCAUAGCGGAGAUAACGAAGACAAACUAUUACUGUGUGAUGGUUGUGACCGCGGCUAUCAUACUUAUUGUUUCCGUCCAAAAAUGGAAAACAUUCCUGAUGGUGACUGGUAUUGUCACGAAUGCAUGAACAAAGCUACAGGGGAACGAAACUGUUUGGUAUGUGGAAAGAGGGUUGGUAAAAAUUUAGUGCUAUGUGAACUCUGUCCACGGGCUUAUCACACUGACUGCCACAAUCCUGUUAUGCCAAAAAUGCCAAGGGGUAAAUGGUAUUGUUCUAAUUGCCACAGUAAACAACCAAAGAAGAGAAAUAGUAGUCGAAGGAGUCAUACCAAAGGGGCAGGCACCAGAGAAAGUGAAAGUUCUGAUCAUCCACCAGCUAGUCCAACGCCGUCAACGGCAUCGAACACACACGUAGAGGACGUCAGUUCAUCGGAACCGGCAACCCCAACUGCUUCGCCACGGAAGGAGGGAAACAAUAGGACGCUCACGAAGAAACAGCAACGAGAGUUGGCUCCUUGUAAGGUGCUACUCGAACAGUUGGAGCAACAGGACGAGGCCUGGCCGUUCCUCUUGCCGGUGAACACCAAACAGUUUCCUACCUACAAGAAAAUUAUUAAAACACCCAUGGAUCUCAGUACGAUCAAGAAGAAAUUGCAGGACUCCGUGUACAAGUCUCGCGAUGAGUUUUGCGCCGAUGUCAGACAGAUGUUCAUCAACUGCGAGGUAUUCAACGAGGAUGACAGUCCCGUGGGGAAGGCUGGACACGGGAUGCGCAGUUUCUUCGAAAUGCGUUGGACCGAGAUUACUGGCGCACCACCUCCACACCCGCAAACGCAUAGCUGAGGCUCGGUUCGCUCUCGCAACACCUGCAACAGUUUUGCCCACUUCUACUACUAGAGGAUAGAUCCCUCGACAUAGAGUAUCAUUAGGAAUCGUCCAAGAGACUAACGGCGAGUCCUGUUUUCUCUGUGCUCCGUCGGCCUCGUUCUAGCGGCUGACCGAACAACUUUAAUACUAAUAGAGAGAAAACAAAAACAGUAAUAGGAAGUCCACGAAUACGGGUACAUCUUCGUAUGCGUCGCGUUACGUACGUGUUACACAUUCGCCUCUCCUCAUCUUAUGUACUCGUUACUCACCCGUAAUCGACGCUCGCGUGGCUGCUUCUCUCGUUCUAAGUACACACAUACCUUAAUACUCGAAACUAAUCUAAUGGUGACGAACGUCUUUAACGGCUCGUACUUCCCCUCUCUGUAGCAUCAACGGCAAACUAAAGAAAAAAAAAAACCGCGAUGUUGCAAGAAUUAUAUAUAUAUAUAUAUUCGUCGAGAUGCCUCUGCUGAACGAAACUCAAGUUACGUUUAACGAACAACAUAAGGAUUGUUAGUAGGAUCAUGAGAGAAGUUAUAAAACUUGUCAUGGCCGGAAGCCGUGACAGAGACUUUACGAUAUAGAUUACAUUUUGUGAUUCGGAGCUUCUUAAGAUCGGCGCGACUAAAAACACCCAUGUAUGGGAACGCAUCUACUCGUUCGAAGCCUCCAAACUCCCUGCUCCCCGAGUAGAAAUGAAACAAAAUGCAGAUGGUCACUGUACUUACUGAAUAAAACGAGUAAAUUUUUGCCUAAGCGAACAAGAAUGUAAUUUGCAAUUGUAUUAUACGGGCUUAGUGCCGGCGUGUCGGCAAAAGAAAUAUUUUGCAAAGUAAUGAAUGUGAAAAGAAGAGGUAUAUAAAUAUAUAUAUAAAUAUAUAUAAAUAUAAAUAUAAAUGUAUAAAUAUGAAUAUAGUGUAUAUGUAUACUAUAUAGAUAGUCACGUCACACGAACAUGCAACACACAUACACGUAACACUUCUGCCCACGAAAACGUCAGCACGAUAAGGGUAACAUUUGCUGUACAGUAAGAUAUACAACAGAAUGACGAAGUCAAUCUUCCAAUUAAGGACGGAGUUAAUGCCAUUCCACGGAUUCUUUGUCCCUUUCUUUUUAUUAAUUCGCUUUUUACUUUAUUUAUUUAUGUUUGAAUCAUGGGUGAACGGAAAUGAGGCUUAUUUGAUUGAAUGAUUGCACAUAAAUAGAGUAUCUCAAUAACUCGACGUGAAUUUUUAUAAAAAGAAAUGUAAAUCUCUUUACCUAUGUCAAACGAAACUUGAUAAGUAAUUUGCAAGGGAGAAUUAAACCUAUAAGACAUAGGAUAAAAUAAAAUAUAUGAACGUUCGAAAAUGUAGUCUGUUAAAGUCUGAAAGUGAAUGGUUUCUGUUGAUUAAGUAUGUUUUAAUAAAUCUGAUUUAGCAUGACUAAAACUAGUGCUACAGUAACUCAACUGAUAUCAUUCGGAUUCAAAUAUCAUAUAUGAAAGCAAUAUGAAUUAAAAAUUCAAUUUACCUUAGAGUGAACACAGUACAACUGUAUGCGUUGAAUGGCAGUCGCUUUUAACAAAGAAAGACAAAAGUUAUAAAUUUUAAAGCAAGGCAAUGGACUAUCAUGUUCACGUUCUUUUUUUUUUUUUUUAACAAAUUAAAGCAGUUUUAUCCUACAUGGUGCGUAGCGUUACACUGUGAAAUGUAAGCGUCGUUGAAUUUUAUCCGCGUCGAGUUCCGACAGGACCUCGAGUUUGAUUGUUCGUAAUAAUAACGCGAGUUUUUUAAGCGAUAAUCGAUUUCUCGGUAGGAUUACAAUAAUGUAAUAUCUCACACGCAGUGUACCCGGGACGAUGAAACAACCCAAACACGUUUCGAAACGAAUAUCGUGCGACAGGGCGAUGUAAGAACAUGCUACGUAUGAAUGAUGGUGUCGGUAGUAAGUCUUGGAUUUAUUAGAUAAGCCGCGGUACCUUCGCAAAUGUGACCAUCGCACGACGAUAAAACGAUUAACACAAGAACAUUAAUGAUAUCUUGUUUUUUAUGUAAUUGAUGUACAUUAUUGCUCGUAAUAGCGGAUAAUUAUGUAAUAACAAAGGUUAUAAAGAGAAUAGAGAAAGAAAGAGAGCGAGCGAGCGAGAGAGAGAGAGAGAAGUGGUUCGGCCGUAGUGAUAUGUGCUAAACAUUCGUAGUAUGUAAAAGUAUUAGCUAGAUUAUAAAAUACCGCGUGAAAACGACUACAACGUGAAUGACGAUUAACGAAAUAUGCAGGGUGCGGCUGAAUACGCAAAAUGGAUGUAUUGUCGUCCUGAUAUGGUCUAAGAACGAUCGGUAAUAGUAAGAUCGUAACGAGUAAAAACGCGCGUCUUUUUAUUAUCACUUGUUAAUUUUAUUUGCAACUAUUACGAUUAUAUCAAAUGACUAUAUCAUUUUUCAACUAAUCUUUUAUUUCUCCAAAUCAAUUAAUAUAUGUACGUCUCGGUAUUUUUCUUCUUUAGGACGAUCGUUGGUUUUCACAAUGAUAAAUAAUAUAAAAUGUACAAUGUUAUAUAUUUUGAUACGUGAGCGCAUUGUCGGGGCAUUUCGCGAUCUUACCAAACGUUCUUAGAAUACAAGUCGACGUAAACGUAUGCGUGAAACAUGUGUGUACAUCACUUUAUGCACGCCUUGCACCCUCGUAUUAUAGUCGAUGCAUUAGACAUCUCAUACAUUCAGAUACACCACCAAUAACAACAAGAACAAAUAAUUUUUUAAGAUUCAAUUAUUAUUUAAAUAGUACAGUUACAUUGUUAGUAUGAAUAACGACGCUUUUUAUACGAAUUUUAGUUUUUAAUGUCGAUCUUAUGAUAUAUUAUAUGGUAUAAUGAUAAUGACAAUGGUAAUAACAAUAACGAUAAAUGAUAUCGAUAAUGGAACAGAUUAAAGAGAAAUUAAAAACUGCGCAAAUGAGAAAGGAGAACACGAAGAGAGAACGAAAGAAAAGGAAUGAGUGAGAGUGAGAGAGCGAGAAAAAGAGAUUAUUGGAAGCCAGAGUGUGUGUUUAAGCUAGAUGAUUGUCUAUAGUAUAAACGAAGGCAUACAGUAGGUAGCCUCGAUGCUAUUUAAACAGACUUAAUUAAUGUAUUGCAAAUGAAUUAAUAAAGUGUAAGCGAAGCGUGUAUCUGUACAGUGAAA